GAGAGUGAGAUCCUGAGAGUCGAGACACAUAUAUUAGCCAUGGGGUUCGGCGUGGUGUCCAUCCUGAACGCCGUGUUCCGGCGCGCCUUCACCUCCGCCGGCCUCCGGUCCAGCUCCGCCGCCGUCGACGCCGACACCACGCUCCACUUCUGGGCCAGCCCCUCCCUCGUCCCCCCUUCCUCCGACUCCAAAUCCAACUCCAAGAAUGGCAGCGACGGCAAGCAGCGGCGGCCGGUGGUGGUGCUCAUCCACGGCUUCGGCCCGGACCCGACAUGGCAGUGGGCGUCGCAGGUGGGCCCGCUCUCCCGGCACUUCGACAUCCUCGUCCCCACGCUCCUCUUCUUCGGCCCCUCCACCACCCGCGCCCCGGACCGCUCCGACGCCUUCCAGGCCGCCAACAUCGCCGCGCUCCUCGCCGGCGUCGGAGGCGGCGAGGAGGAGGAGCCGCGGGAGGUGCACGUGGUGGGCACCAGCUACGGCGGGUUGGUGGCGUACCACCUGGCCCGUGCGCUGCAAGUGCAGGGAGGAAGGUGGAGGGUGGGGAAGGUGGCGCUGUGCAGCUCGGACCUGACCAAGGGGCCGGAGGACGACCGGGUGCUGGCGGCCAAGGGCGGCGUGGCGGAGGUGACGGAGCUGAUGGUGCCGGCGGACACCAAGGCGCUGCGGCGGCUCAUGGCCAUCGGCGCCCACGACCCGCCCAAGUACCUCCCCGAGUGCCUCGCGCGCGAACUCCUCCGGAAAUGCUUCGGUGCCCAAAGAGAGGGGAAGAUACAGCUCAUCAAGGGGAUCGCCACCGGGCAUGGCUUCAAGAUCGCUCCUCUCCCUCAGGAAGUGUUGAUCGUUUGGGGAGAGUUCGACCAGAUUUUUCCGUUGGAGAAAGCCCACAAGGUCAAAGAGAAGCUUGGCGAGAAGGUGACGCUGAAGAUUAUCCCCAAUACGGGUCAUCUGCCGCAACAGGAGGAUUCCAAGCUCUUCAACAAAAUCCUCAUCAACUUCUUACUACCUUCUCCGCCCAUUUCUGCUUCCGUGAAAUAGCACAUGAUAUUCGAGUUUCCAGCGGGCCCGUUGUCUUGUAACUGAGGGUAUAAGAAACGAAAUACUUGCACA